AUGGAAAAUCUUGUUGAUGUGUACGUAAUGCUGAAACCAUCGGCAGAAAGUUCUGACGCCAAGCAGAAUGUAGGGUCUUCAGUUGGCGGGCGCCUGAAGCAGAAGAUAAACAAAGAUUACUGCUACAGCCGCGAAGAAAUGCUACGCAUUUCAAAGUGUGAACUAAGUUUACAGCGUCCGUCGUACCUUUCUACAGAAUUUGACAACGAGAAUGGGAAGUUCCAACCCGACAAGUGGCUGGAAUAUCGUUGGGUGGUUGAAGGAAUAGAAAAUCGUCCAAAUCCGAAUCCGAGGCGUAAAGAUAAAAUCAAGCCUGAGGUGCUCGACGGAAAUUGUACUGUUUUGUCACCGCAGCGGCGCGGGUUUUCAUCUGGCUGUCGUGCUGCUUCACCGCAUAAGAGUGAGGCGGAACCGGAAAGGCUAGGAACAAAUAAAGGGAAUUGGAGAAGCGGCGCUGGUUUCAUGCUGAAGAACUCUACAGCUACAAAUGAUUUCAAGCCUUCUUUUCAGAAAAAUACUGCUGGCAGUGGAGACACUACAUUUGGCCGUGGUCGGCAAAACAGUAAUGCAAAUAGACGUGCUGCGGGCGAUGGAAGCUUCAAACCGAGUUUUCAUAAAGAAACCCAGUCACAGAGCCGUAAUCGUUUGGUAAGCAGUUUAAGCGGUGAAGAGAAAGUACCUGAAUGGUUAGAAGACGGUCCAACGUCGAUGCAUGACAUGAUUGAAUUAAAAGGUUUUGAUGAUGAGCGUAAGAGUAGCAAACGCGUUACGGGUAACAGGGCAAAAAAGGAAGCCUCUUCGAAAUCUCAUACGCAACAAAAAACAGGUUCAGGGAAGCCAAGUGUUGCAAACAGAUUGGAAGCUUCUAGCGAUAAAAUGAAAAGUUUAAAUAUGGAGUCUAAUUCCGUUUCGCGAGAGAGCUCAUGUACUUCCCCUAAUGUAGAUAAUGCCAAUAAGAGUCCUACAGCAUCUUCUUCUGAAAUUACUCAGAUUUUACACUUGAAAACUGAUGAACCAUCUAAAGAUAAAGCUUUGGAGCAAUCAGUUUUACCCACAACUUUGUUGUCUAGUAAGUUACCGAAUUCCGAUGCAGAGUUUGCUGCCAUUAUGGGGCUUCUUGACACGAACGACUUCGAUUCUUUGAAGGAGAACGUCUUGUCAACUGGUAGCAUUGUCACUGGUGACCCUGCACCAUGCAGUCGUCUCUCUCGUUUCUUUUCUACUACGAAUAAAAAAGACGCGUCUUCAAGUCAAAGGUCGGUCGCUCCAGGCGACUCUAAUAAUAAUAAUAAUAAUAAUGAAAGCGUGCCAUCUGUACCAGACGAUUCUUCUGCCUCUUCAAAUUCAAUAUUACGAAAAAUUUUUGCAUGUUCUCAAAGCUCACCUAUGCAUGUAGAGCCUUCAGUGACUGCUUCACUGCCAGGCGUUGUACGUGCUGAGGAUUUGGAAAAAGGCUUCCAGUGGGAAGCAGCUAAAGGUGGAGGGGCUGUUGCUCCAGUGGUCACGUCAAAUGGAAGUGAGCAACUUUAUCAUCUGGUUGUAAGCCCACAUUCAUCUGCUACUUCUCGACAUCAGCAGUUGGCUUCUUGUCAGAUGUCGAAGGGGAACCCACUAGGAGAUCCUCAACAACAAGCGCAGCUCAUGAACAAAUUGAAUAAAUUUGCAAGGCAGCAAGACUUGGCUGGGACUGUUGAUUUAACUACAAGGACCUCCGUACCAAGUCCUUUGUUACAGCAGCAUGUGGGACUGAUGGCUGGGCAGAUGGGAGGUAAUCUUGCUGAGAUCCCGAGAUUUAGGGCUGCUCCGCAAGAUGCUGUUUUACAAGCAGCGCUCAUUCGUUCACAGAUGGAUGCAACACUUCUGAAGAAUCUACACUUAGCCAAUCAGCAAUGUGCUGCUGCAAUGAUGCCGUCUUCUCAACCAGGCGAAGUCAAUGCUAUAAGGGCUAUGCUUGCCAAUUUAAUGGCUUCCUCUAACGCUUCACAUGCGGCUAAUAGCGGGAUUAAUACCUCGGCCACAAGCAGUACCGCGCAGCCCCGAAGUUCGACUACUGCUGUGCCAAAUGCAUUUAUGCCAACAUCAGUUAUGCGGCAAAUGACAAAAAAUAAUGUUUCAAUUGAGGAUAAACAUCGUAGGGCAGGUUCUAGUGCCUCAGGAAGCGUUCAAACUGAAGAGGAGAAACAUAAAACUGUGUCGCAAGACUCCUCUGAGAAACAAAGCGACUACGUUAGAGGCAGUGGGACGAAUGUGAGCUGCAACAACCCUGAUGUUAUGUCUAAGUUGUUACAACACCAACAUUAUAUUCAAGCAAUGGCUGCUAUGCGUUCAGGUGUUCAACCAGGAUCAUGGCCUGUUCCUCCGCACUUGUUGCAGCAAUGGCGCGCUCAAACGGUUGCUGUUUCGCAGGCUGACCAACAGCGGCUUUACGCACUUGCUUUGAUGCACAAUGAUAUGAGGCAAGCUCAGGCUAUUCGUGCUCGAGCACUUUCACAACAAGCUGCUGCUUCUGGGUUAUUGAAUGCAAAUGCAUCAGCAGCUUCGGCAAUUCAUUUUCAACCAAGUCAUCAGUCUGCUGCAGGCGGACAGCCUACUUUAUAUGCUGGCGGAGGAAUCGGUCAGAUUCCAAAUACUGCAGGUCAGAAUGUACAUAAGUAUCAAAGUCAGUUAGAAAAAUUACUGCAAUCCGCUGGAGUUCCUACGAAGCAGCCAAGUCGUACAGCGACACAAGAGAAAUCUCAAAGUAAUCAUUGUAUGCCUUCUAUAAUUUCGCGCUUACCACCGCAGGCAAAUUGCAUUAGUGUGGAAGAGCUUGAGAAGCAGUAUGCUUCCAACUAA